AUGCGCAACGAGCGAUGCGGGCCGGCCACGCCCCCUGCCGUCACAGAGUGCGCCGCGGCGCGGCGGGCCGCGCAUGCGCGGGGCGGCGGGGCGGGCAUGGCGGGGCGGGAGCGCUGCCCGCACUGCCUGCGGCCCUUCCAGCGCCUCCGCGCCCACCUCCCGCACUGCCGCGCCGCGCCCCGCCCCGCCCCGGGACCCGGCCGCGACAGCGGGCACCCCGCUCCCGGCAGCGGCGCGGGGUCGGAUGGAGCCGGUGCCGCCGCCGGGCCGCGGGCGGGCGCCGAGAGCGGCGGGCAGCCCCCCGGGAGCGGGCACGGGCUGCCCCGGCAGGCGGCCCCGGCAGGCGGGGAGGCGGCCCGGAAGGGCAAGAAGGCCGCGCAGGGCGGAGGGUCCGGCCCCGGGGCUCGGCGCCGGCCCGAGGGGCCCCGCGAGGAGCGGAGAGCGGAGCCUUCGGAGCAGGACGUGGCCACCGCCCUCGAUUUGCUCCCCGAGGAGGUCAGAGGUAUCCCCGAAAAGCUGAGUAACGGAGUGGAAGUAGUAAUAGAGAAGCACCGCGCCAGGGUGCUCAGGGAGAAGAGCGGGUCCCGCAGCCGCGGAUCCCCCGCAGGAACCCCCAGAACCCCCGCAGGAACCCCCGGAUCCCCCGCAGGAACCCCCAGAACCCCCGCAGGAACCCCCAGAACCCCCGCAGGAACCCCCGGAUCCCCCGCAGGAACCCGCGGCAGCGGCGCGGGGGAAGCGCCGGGCGGGGCCCGGGGAGCAGCCCCAGCCCGGCCCGGGCUGCGGGACGGAACGAUCGUCCCAGAAAUCCCGCCGGCAGGCACGCGUGGCCUCGGAGCUGCAGAGAACGCGGCUGCGGGCUCCAAGGGGGGGAAAGGCCGCAUCAAGGCAGCUAAAACAGCCGCCCGUGAAGCUGAGGCCGCCGGCAGGGACAGCCCCGGGGGCCUCGCUCUGCAGGAGGGAGCAGAGCCAGCCCUGAGAGAGGAGAAGCAGAUGCACCCGGGAGUCGGUGUGGAGUGUAAAGCCUCUCUCUCUGCUUUGCACACCAAGAACCUCCAUCUGCCAGUGUCAGAGGGUUUCAGAGAUCACCACAAAGGGACAGCCAAAAAUUACCUAAGCAGCACAGAGAAGCCUGGGGAGAGGGAGCAGCAGAUGGCUGCUGUCUCCGAGCCCAUCCUGCAGGGGAGGAGGGACACCGAGCUGGCACAGCACCAGCUCCUGCUCCCCACCUCCAAGAUCCAGCCCGUCUGUCCAUCCCAGGCCUCUGGCAGGAGCACACCAGCAGGUGCCACCAGCCUGGAGUGGUUUCCAGACUUAUAUCCUAAUUAUCACAGGCUGAGUAUUUUUCCAGGGAAGCCUUUCCAAGAAGAGACUGGAAUCACCAUGAAGACACCAAGGGGUGAUUUCUCAGAGGGACAACAAGGUCCCCUCCGGGAGCGGCGCCUGCUGGAUGUGCAGCUGGCAGAGCUGCCUGCCUGGCUGGGCACCCGGGACUUGUCUCCUCAGGGGCUGCUUGGAGGAGUCCAGAAAGCCUGGAGCAGCUAUUACAACAAAUACAUCAACGUGAGGAAGGGGGGACCAGCAGGGCUCUCCAUGCUGCUGGCAGGAUACUGCCUCCUCAGCUACAGCUGGAACUAUCAGCACAUCAAGCAGCAUCGCUGGCGUAAAUACCACUGAGGAAUCACAGCAUGUCAGGGGUUGGAAGGGACCUCUGAAGAUCGAGUCCAACCCCCCUGCCAGAGCAGGACCACAAAAACUUAGGGCAGGUCACUCAGAAAAGCAUCCAGACAGGUCUGGAAAGUCUCUAGAGAAGGAGACUCCACAACCUCUGGGCAGCCUGUAACAGGAAGCUGGAACAGUCAUGGAUAUUUCACUGGGAGUCAGCAGAAGUGCUCAGAAACAUCAUCCCACAGGGCUUCAGAUCAGCAGAGGCCCAUUUACAGGCACAUGAGUUCUUUAGUUGAGGGGAAUGCUUUUAAUCACCCUCCUGGGGACAGAGGAGUGACAGGGGCAGCCUGCAGCCACUGCUGUGUGGUCCAGGCAGCCUUUGGUACUGAAAGAAGCCUUAGAGCUGCUGUGUGCAGUAGAGCUGGAGUCCUCAGAAGCCCAAAUCUCUCCCUUUUGGAGACCAGACCCAGGACAACCCCUUAAACCAGGCUGCUAAUUAAUUGACAUGGACAUUGUGAGGGGCUGGGUGGCAUUAGGCCAGAACAGUUCCCUCUCUGUGCCCAGCUCAGCCCAUCUUUUACUUACCCCUCUCCACUAAAUGGGAUUUGCCCUGGAUUGGCAGGAGAAGGGUGGUCCCUGCCCCAAAGGACCCCCAGUCCUUGCUGGGUGCUGGUGGUUCUGGCCAGGCUCUGAGGGAAGGACCUUUGUGAAGGUGGUAAAGCAGCAGCACCCAGACCUCAGUGCUCUAUUUCUGGAGGAAGAAAAUCCAUUGGAUUAAGCUGUAGUGCCCAAAGGGCAAACUGGUGACUGCAGCAGCCUAACAAGGACAGUUAGGAGAGCUGCUGGUUGCAGCCUGUCAUCAAACAUGUCUCUGGAAAAGGGCUGGUCAUGUUACAGGCAUGAAUGGGGAAAAAAACAAAACAAAACACAAGGAAAUAAAACCACCCUGAACACUCUUUAUCCAAAGAGCAGUGCAGGAGCUCUGUGCCAGAGGUUGUUUCACCAAAAUCUCCCUCUCACCAGCAAUAAAAGCCUUUGUGAGUUUUCCUUU